AUGAAAUGUUGGGGUUACGGCCAAUAUGGGCAGCUUGGGCAGGGAACGCAAGAAGACCUGGGAGAUGAAGCCUUUGAGAUGGGUGAGAAUCUCUCCUACAUAGACCUGGGAAGCAACCGAACGGUCGUGCAAGCUGCAGCUGGCGGAUUACACACCUGUGCUUUGUUGGACAAUCAUGCCAUCAAAUGUUGGGGCCAUGGAGGCUAUGGUCAACUUGGCCUUGGGAACACUGAGACAAUCGGUGAUGAUGCAAAUGAAAUGGGAGACAAUCUCUCAACAGUUGAUUUGGGCAGCGGAAGGACCGCUCAACAAGUUGCAGCCGGUGCUUGGCACAGCUGUGCCUUGCUGGAUGAUUUUUCCGUGAAAUGUUGGGGUUCUGGACUCAGUGGGCAGCUUGGCCAAAACGACCAGCUGAAUAUUGGCGAUUCGGCCAACGAGCUGGGCGAUGCGCUACCAGCAAUCAAUCUGGGCUCAACGGCUCUCAAGGUUGUUGCAGGUGUAUACGGCCAAUUGGGUGAUGGAACCUUUCUCGACCUUGGUGACAGCCCAGAUGAGAAGCUUCGCAGUUUUUCACUUCGCUUUUUCUUUUCAAAUUUAGCAUUCAAAUAG